AUGGCAGAUGAGAGCGGCGAUGCGGGGGAACCGCGCCCAGCCCCGGUUCGACGCCGCUCCUCCGCAAACUACCGUGCUUAUGCCACCGAGCCUCAUGCCAAGAAAAAGUCUAAGAUCUCUGCCUCGAGAAAACUGCAGCUGAAGACCCUGAUGCUGCAGAUAGCGAAGCAGGAGCUGGAGCGGGAGGCAGAGGAGCGGCGCGGAGAGAAGGGGCGCGCUCUGAGCACGCGGUGCCAGCCCUUGGAGUUGGCUGGGCUGGGCUUCGAGGAGCUCCAGGACUUGUGCCGACAGCUCCAUGCCCGCAUCGACAAGGUGGACGAGGAGAGAUACGACGUGGAGGCAAAAGUCACCAAGAACAUUACAGAGAUCGCAGAUCUGACCCAGAAGAUCUUUGACCUCCGGGGCAAGUUCAAGCGGCCCACACUGCGGAGGGUGCGCAUCUCCGCAGACGCCAUGAUGCAGGCACUGCUGGGGACCAGGGCCAAGGAGACCUUGGACCUGCGGGCCCACCUCAAGCAGGUGAAGAAGGAGGACACGGAGAAGGAAAACCGGGAGGUCGGAGACUGGCGCAAGAACAUCGACGCGCUGAGUGGAAUGGAGGGCCGCAAGAAAAAGUUUGAGGGCUGA